CCCAGUGAGCUCGGCCCCGCAGCUUCCUCCUAGUUCAGACAUGGCUUUGAGCGCCGCGGGCACGGCCGUGAAGAUUGGAAUAAUUGGUGGAACAGGCCUGGAUGAUCCAGAAAUUUUAGAAGGAAGAACUGAAAAAUAUGUGGAUACUCCAUUUGGCAAGCCAUCUGAUGCCUUAAUUUUGGGGAAGAUAAAAAAUGUCGAUUGUGUUCUCCUUGCAAGACAUGGAAGGCAGCACACCAUCAUGCCUUCAAAAGUCAACUACCAGGCAAACAUCUGGGCUUUGAAGGAAGAGGGCUGUACACAUGUCAUAGUGACCACAGCUUGCGGCUCUCUGAGGGAGGAGAUCCAGCCUGGUGACAUCGUCAUUAUUGAUCAGUUCAUUGACAGGACCUCCAUAAGGCCUCAGACCUUCUAUGAUGGAAGUCACUCCUGUUCCAGAGGAGUGUGCCAUAUUCCAAUGGCUGAACCAUUUUGCCCUAAAACGAGAGAGGUCCUCAUAGAGACUGCUAAGAAGCUAGGACUUCGCUGCCACUCAAAGGGGACAGUGGUCACAAUUGAGGGGCCUCGUUUUAGCUCCCGGGCAGAAAGCUUCAUGUUCCGCACCUGGGGGGCGGAUAUUAUUAAUAUGACCACUGUUCCAGAGGUGAUUCUUGCUAAGGAGGCUGGAAUUUGCUAUGCAAGCAUUGCCAUGGCAACAGAUUAUGAUUGCUGGAAGGAGCAUGAAGAAGCAGUUUCAGUGGACCGGGUUUUAAAGACCCUGAAAGAAAAUGCCAAUAAAGCCAAAAGUUUACUGCUCACUACCAUACCUCAGAUAGGGUCAAUGGAAUGGUCAGAAACUCUCCAUAACCUGAAGAAUAUGGCCCAGUUUUCUGUUUUGUUACCAAGACAUUAAAUAGCAUGGCUGCCAACAAGAAAAGAAGACUUUCUACUUCUAGUCAUUUUGCUUAACCUGGAGAAAAAAUAAAAUGGGAAAGACGUGUAGCUUUCAUGUGCUUACCUUCAAAAGAAGAACAUGUGGUAAGAAAGACAAGAUAUUGCUUAUAUUAAAAACUCCCAUUCAAAAGAGUUGGACUGCUUCAGGACACAGAAGAAAAACAAAUGCCAGUACACAUGGGAAAAUCUCACAUUUUAGAGAGAAAAACAAGAAGAUACCAUUCUCACCUCCCCCAGUUAAAUUUGCAACAAUAAAGAUUGUGGGAAUAUCCAGUUUUCUGUGUUGCCAAGGAAUAUAUAAGAAAGAAAUGGGACUCUGGCUGUUUACUGGUGUGACCAUAAAGUAGCACAAUCUUUCUGGAGGACAAUUUGGUAAGAUGCUUCAGAGGCUUAAAAGUUCUUAGGCACUUUGUUGAGUACUCCUAGGAAUGUCUCUUUAAAAAGUUACCAGAGACAUAUACAAAGAAUUACAAAUAAGGAAUGUUUAGUAGUGUUGCUUAUAAUAGCAAAUAUUCAAAAUAAUCUGAAUACCCAACAGUAAAUUAUAGUUUAAUUAUAACUUGAUUGUGAAUAUCAUAUUUUCAUAUAAUAUUUAACGUCCAAAAGAAAUGGUUACUU